AUGACUCAUGUCCCCCCUGUGAGUAGUACUGUUCCUAUCCCACCCAAAGAACAAUCAGGAAAGGAUGAACUCCAAGAAAUAUUUCGUCACUUUGAUGCUGAUGGUAAUGGGGGAGUUCAUGUCCCUGAAGAGGCCCAAGGUGUGAUCAAUGAUCUCAAGCAGCAGGCGGUAAGCAAUUUGAUGCUGGAUUUUGACGAAUUUGUGAAGUUGAUGGAACGCGAAGGUGGGGAGGAUGAUCUGAAAAGAGCGUUUGAGAUGUUUGUGGUGGAGAAAGGUUCUGGGAACAUUACAUCAGAAGGGUUGCAGAGGAUGUUCAAUAGCCUUGGAUACAAAAUAUCAAAUGAAGAGUGCAAGACCAUCAUUCAAGCAUUCGACUGCGAUGGGGAUGGUAUGCUUGGUUUCCCUGAGUUCCAGCAGAUGAUGGCUUAA